AGAUGAGCGUUCCCGGUCUCCUCUUGGCGGGAGGGAGGUGGAGAUGCUUUCCGGUUCCAUUGGGGUUAUCCCUGUUCCAGGCUCUACAUAAUUCCUGCUGUCGGAAAAAAUCCACUAAGAAAAUUAUUCCCAAUGUUACUUUUUGUGAUGAAAAUGCAAAGGAGUCCACAAAUGCAUUUGACAAGCUCUUUUCUUCAGAACAGCAGGCUUCCAUCUUGCAUGUGUUGAAUACUGCAUCUAAUAAAGAACUUGAAGCUUUCAAAUUGCUUCGUGGAAGAAGGGCCAUCAAUAUCGUAGAGCACAGAGACAAGUUUGGGCCAUUUCAGAAUUUGGAAAGUUUAAUGAAUGUGUCCUUAUUCCAGUAUAAAACUACAGUCCAAGUUUGUAACUCUAUACUUUGUCCAGAGUCUGGAAAGAAAAAAAGAAAACUACAGGAAAACCGGCUUUUGGGAAAGCUCCUCAAACCAGAUGUAGGAAGAGAAAGACUUAAGGCAGUUAAUAGUAUCGUAUCUAUUGUUUUUGGUACUCGAAGAAUUGCCUGGGCUCACCUUGAUCGUAAAUUGGCAGUGCUGGAUUGGCAGCAUAGCGACCGUUGGAGAUUAAUGAACAGAACUUACCCAUCGUCAUUCUAUUUAGAAGAGAUUUCUUCAGUCAUUUCAAAGAUGCCUAAAGCAGAUUUCUAUGUUCUGGAAAAAACAGGACUUCCCAUUCAGAACUCAUCUCUAUUUCCUAUACUAUUACAUUUUCAUAUCACGGAAGCCAUGCUGUAUGCAUUAUUAAAUAAAACUUUUGCCCAGGAUGGGCAGCAUCAGGUGCUGAGCAUGAAUCGAAAUGCAGUAGGGAAGCACUUUGAACUGAUGAUCGGUGACUCCCGGACUAGUGGAAAAGAACUAGUGAAGCGGUUCCUCUCCGAGUCUGUACUGAAGGCGGAUCCUCGGGUGUUCUUCCCAGCAGAUAAAGUAGUCCACUACAGAGAGAUGUUUUCAUCUACUGAACCACAAAGAGUAGAAGAGUUAUAUGAUUCAUUAUUACAGGCUAUUGCCUUCUAUGAAUUAACAGUUUUUGACUCUGAGCCUUAGAAUUCUGAGGUUAAUGUACUAAAGUUAAAUUAAUUUAUUAGCUCUAAAGUUGUAAAAGCAGCUGUUGUGAACAUCAAUGUUAAUGGAGAAAAAAACACAUUUUGAGUGUAUUUUAGAUGUUUAAAGUCUAUUGACUACUAGAAUGGUUUACACAAUAAGCCAAGACCAAAUCAAUAAAUAUUUUGAGAUUC